GUUUGUGUAAAGGUGCUGGUUGAUAAGCUCUGCCUUUACGCAGGACAGCAGACGGGAAGCCUCUCACGAACAAAUGGCGUCCCUCCAGAGCGAAGCAGCUGAUUUCUCACCGAGCACGGCAGCGGGGACGACGGAGAGGUAAACACGCCACCCCCGGUUUCCCCUCCUCUGCAACCAGAUAUCCCUUUGCGUUCAGCUGCGUUCGUGGUGGUUGGACGUUGCGCACCCUUUUGGUAACAGAGAUUUAGACCGCUGUUUCCCCGGCGUACAAACAAUCCUCCUGUCAAACAAAAACAGAGGAGAGAGAGAUUCAGCUGCAGCGUUUUCUCCUCUCCUGCCAGCUUAUUUCUCCUGGUGGUCGGUGUUUCUCUUCACCAGGGGUCCUGACGCGACAGCAGCAGGUCAGAUGUUUCCACUCCGACGUUGGAGGGACACAUAAUGAACAUGGGCAUCACCCCCUCAGAGAUAUCCUCCUCCUCCUUCUCCUCCUCCUCCUCUUCUCCCUCCACCGCCUGACUGGUUGGCUGCCUCUUCGCUAAUCCAAUUCAGGAGAUCAUCUUUUCCACCUUUUCCUGAGGUUACACCAUCAAGACGGCGUUAUCUCAGAAAGCCAGCAGCAUGUUCCCCUCAGGGUACAGUCAGAUUAUAGGCAGAGCUGUGAAACCAGGCUACUAGACAAACAGCAUCUCUGCAGUCAGCGGCUGGCCAAGGCUCCAAGGUGUGUGCUACAUGAGAUUAAUGUCUACCUUACCUGGACAAAGUCAUUUCAUCUCCAGCACUGUGUCAUCACCUGACAGCUCUGUGGCGGUGAAGAUGACCACGGCACGGUACCGUCCCACCUGGGAGCUGGCCGUGGAUCCCCUGGUCUCAUGUAAGCUGUGCCUUGGAGAGUUCCCUCUGGAGCAGAUGACCACCAUCACACAGUGCCAAUGUGUCUUCUGUACACUGUGCCUGAAGCAGUACGUGGAACUCCUGAUCAAAGAGGGCCUUGAAACUGCAAUUAGCUGUCCAGACUCUGCCUGUCCUAAGAGAGGACACUUGCAGGAAAAUGAGAUUGAGUGCAUGGUGGCCACAGAGAUGAUGCAGAGAUACAAGAAGCUUCAGUUUGAAAGAGAGGUGCUGCUGGACCCAUGCCGGACGUGGUGCCCUUCCUCGACCUGCCAGGCUGUGUGCCAACUAAAGGAGGCAGAUUCCCCAGCACUGCCCCAGCUGGUCCAGUGCGCCGUCUGUGCCCUCGAGUUCUGCUCGGCCUGCAAGGCCAACUGGCAUCCCGGGCAGGCCUGCCAGGAGAACAACCUGCCCAUUACCUCCUUUCUACCAGGAGAAAACAGCUCUUUCUACAAGAAUGAAGAGGACGACGCGCCGAUCAAGCGCUGUCCUAAAUGUAAAGUUUACAUUGAGAGGGACGAGGGCUGUGCACAGAUGAUGUGCAAGAACUGCAAACAUGCCUUCUGCUGGUACUGUCUGGAGUCUCUGGAUGACGACUUCCUCCUGAUCCACUACGACAAAGGACCCUGUCGAAACAAACUGGGCCACUCCAGGGCAUCUGUUAUCUGGCACAGAACACAGGUUGUUGGAAUCUUCGCCGGCUUCGGCCUGCUCCUGCUGGUUGCCUCCCCCUUCCUCCUCCUGGCCACUCCCAUCGUCCUCUGCUGCAAGUGCAAGUGCAGCAAAGGCGAUGACGACCCGUUGCCAACCUAAAACAUGCCAACAAAAGCUGGAGCCGCUUUAAGGAUGGGCCAUCUUUUUUCCUUUUCACCCCUUUACGUUCUUUAUCUCCCACCAGCUUUGAACGCUUCAUUUUUUCGGGCUGAGCCUGCAGCAGCCCGGAGCCGCUUUGGGAUCCAUCGCUCUGCAUGAGAGAGGCGUGGUGGAAAAACGACCAUACAACCUCGGCCUGGAAGGAGAGGUCAAGUGUCAGAGGAAGUCCAACUUUACUAAGGACCACGGUGUCCGCGCGUGUGUGUGAGACGUUGGUGGAUUGGGGACGUGGAGAAAGUCCGGUGCAACUUCAAGUGGACCUUGAUGUGGGUUUUUGUUGUGAACUUAUGAGCAAUGACAAAGUUCAAGUUAAGAAAGGCUUUCCUCUUGUACGGACAAUAUCAUGCAAGAACUUUUACUUUAUCGCUCUGUUUUGUCGGUUUGUCGUACGCAACAAAAGCUUUUCCCCUCACCACCGCCACGCUCAAUGUAGCUCUACAGAUUCAGUCCGUAGCAUUAGAGUCACACCACGCAUGUUUGGUGUUCACUCGAUUUGCACACAGAGCGUGAUUCCUGCGUCACACUCACGACUGAGGUAGAGAUGGGAGGCUGUCGCCACUCUCAACUCAAUGUACAGCACGUCCUCUUGAUGAUGUCAAUGUUUUAUAACCUGUUGCUUUUAAUAGAACCGUGCUCAGAGUAGUGUCUGCGUGUUGUACUUUUAAAUGUUUUCCAAACUGUAAGGUACACUUAUUAAAGGGGAUUGCCACUCAAGGCUGAAAACAUCUUAUCUUUUAUGACCUUUUUCUUUUAAAUAACAUUGCCAUCACUUUGACCUGUAUCUUUUAUAUACGAACAGUCGUUACAUUGGAGCCAUUUUUCUCACAGAGGCUUUUUUCUGUAAGUUGCUUUUCAUGGUCAUACAGCCAGAAAUGUCCUGAUUUGAGUGGCGCUCCCCUUUAAAUUCAGCAUUAAUGUGAAAGUCUAUCAAAGACUGAGUAUCCACAUGUUGUGGAACCAUUUUAAUACUACAUUCAAAGAGAUGUCACUCCUGUAAUUCUCAGUCCCCAGGUGGUGGUUUAGCCAAAUAGAAAUGAAUAGCCUUAAAUUGAGAAUAGCCAAAAUCCGGCAUUUCCCCCCGUGCAUUAAAGAAAAAGUUGAAAAAGAAAAUCCAAAUGAUCCCAGGGAAAGCAUGUUUAACUGCAUUUUAAAGCAUUGCAGGCAGUCUGUGAAGCCCUUUAUAUUCAGAUGAUUCUAUGAUGUCGUCCAUAUGCCACACUGUUUAUAGCCAUACUGUAAAAAAAAACAAUAACAAGUAAACAAAACAACCUUCCUAACCUGAUGUUUUGUGACUGAGGUCUUUUCAAGCAGAUACACCAAACCGUCAUCCCGAACUAUCUGAACUUUAACUCUACAUCUUUGAGAAUCGACACAUACUCCUGUCCAUAAUUGCAAACUUGCAUAUGUUAGUGGUCUGAGUGUUGAUGUUUUGUUCUGUUGGUAGUUAGACCUCCAACAACAAGCAGCUACUUCCUCACAGGGACGCCAGAUGACAGAGUGAAAUAUAAAAGAAUGUUCAAUUUUUUGGGGCGCAUAAUUAAGAAGCUGCUCUAUACUAUAUCACUUUAUCUAUGCAAGUUUGUACAUUACUAAUUUGAAGAGGCUAUGGAUUGGUCAGAACAGACUUAAUGUCGUGGGAUUCGUGAAGUGAAAAUGGCAGAAUGUCACCGUACAUGUGCAUAUCAUGGCUUUUAUGAAGUCAGGGAAUUGACUUUCAUCAUCAUCAUGUGUUGCUGUGAUCCGCCCGUCUUUUGACUUUGCUUUCAAAUUUGUGAACAAGAAAACUGGGACAGAAUUUAGCCAUCAUUAAUUUCUGAGUUUUUGUUUUAGGGGGGGAAGUCUCUGAGGUCUUCUAUGGUUGCACAACUUACAUUAGUCUGUGUCAGUACGAGCAAAAAGGUCAACCAAUUAGUCCUACAUUAUAUUUAAAGCUCCUGUGAGGGGUUUUUAUCUGGUUAUGAAACUGGCUGAAAUUAAAAUUGAUGCCUCCUAAUGACCUAAAAUAGCAAACCAGACCAUCAGAAUUAAGAAACAAUUUCUAAAUAGUCAUUUUUAAUGUCUGGAACCAGUGUCGGGGGUAGGUGUCAAAAGAAGUAAUUGACUGAAGGCAGCCCAAAACACUACUAAGGCCUGGUUUAUACCUCAGCGUCGAAUCGACUCACAGCCUACGCCGAAGGUCUGCGUAGCUCUUUUUCAACACAAAAGCCUACACAGAUAGCCUGACGUGGACGUUUAUGGGGCGGCUGUGGCUCAGUGGGUAGAGUCGGUCGUCUAUCAAUCGGAAGGUUGGCGGUUCGUCCCAGCUCCGGCAGUCACAUGCCGAAGUGUCCUUGAGCAAGACACUGAACCCCGAAUUGCUCCGAAUUGUUCAGAGGUGUGUGAAUAUGAUCGAAUGAGAUUAGCUAACACUGAUGGUCCCUUACUGUAGCAGCCUCUACCAUCAGUGAGUGAAUGUGGUGUGAAUGGGUGAAUGUGACGAGUAGUGUAAAAGCGCUUUGAGUGGUCAGACAGACUAGAAAAGUGCUAUAUAAGUACAAGUCCAUUUACCAUUUACCAUUUACGUGCACCUCUUCCAAAAUGUAACUGUGUCGAAACAACGCAGACUGCAUGUCCUGGGUUGGUCCGCUCGACAACAUAUUUCCUGCAUUAACAGAACUUUCGGAAUCGCAGUACAACAGGCUUGCAUUGAAUCUCCUCUGACUUCUCCUCUCUACUCUUCUAUGUAAUAAUUGCUGUAUUAUAAACAGCGACAAGUGUCUGCUCCAAAUUAACAUAAAAUGUUCAGGAUCGCUGUGAAAAAGCAAGCAGGACACGUAACGGGACAGGAAGCAGGCGAUCCAACUAUGAGAUAGACCACACUGCCCUCUAGAGUUUCGUCGAAGUACUGCAGAGCUACGCAGAUACGAUGCACAAGUAUGUAGUGUUCACGUCCGUGUCGGUCACUGCUGCGUAGUGUCAACGCAGAAGUAUAAACCAGGCUUAACACAUAUACAGGGCAGAAAACAGCAAAGAGGUAAGAUAUACUGCUUUGUCCAGAGGGGGCGCCGAAAUCGACACAAGCCAACAGUUCCUCACAGGAGCUUUAAAGUUCACACCUUUUUUUUUUAUGUUACCAUGCAAAGCCAUUCUUCCUUUAUGAAAAAAGCCAUUUACAACUGCUACCUUCCCCUCCCUCCUGGUGUCAGUUACCGGAGUUCAUGUAGCAUUUCAUGGCACGUUCUGGCUACAGCAACCAAAAGAAAGGCGAUCAUUAGUUAACAGUAGUAGCUCAUUUAAGCUCAACAGUAGCUGAUCAUCUGCAGCUCCCUCCUCUCCUUGUAAAUUUAGCUCUGGUAUUCAGUUUUAUAAUCCCCAUCAUUGGUAGCCUUAACUUUCAGAAUAUCGCAUCUGUAGCCUGUGUUGCUUUCACUGACCUCAUCUACUGUAUAAGCAUGAUUAUUCAAUAUCAAAGUCAGUCCAAUUUCUAUCUUUGAAAGUUCGGUGCUUUCUUCCCCUGCAAAUUAGUUGAAGUUCCUCAAGCUUUUGUUGUUUUUAUGACAAUCGUGCCAAGCAGAUUUCCUGGAAGAGGAAAAAGGAAACAGAGCUGUCUACUGUAUGUGCAUUUUGACAUGUAUUGGUAACGUGUUAACAGUUUUUACAGAGUGGAAACUAUUUUAACGCUUCUUUAUGUAAAACGCUGCACUGCAUAUGGGUUUCAUUGUUUAUUUCUUGAUAUGAUCUGUGAUGUGUGUGUGUGUGUGUGCGCGUGUGUGCGCGCGUGUGUGUGGUAUGGUGCCUGCUGCGUUAAACAGAGGAGUUUAGCAGCUGAAAUCAAUGUCAACUCAACAGAAAAGUCGAUACAUAUGAGAGAUUGAAACUGUAUCAGGGCUGAUAUCACAAGAAUAAACAAACAUGUAUGAGAUAGUGCGAAAAAUAUUCAUUUAGCUUUAGUUGGCACUACAGCCACUCAUUUUUUUCACACAUUCUUUUAGGUUGGCAGGGCACCACUGAACAGGUAGAUUCUGUAAUAUGCAACAAACAUAAAAGGGCCAAACAGCAGACAUUACAAUCACUGCAGUGCUACAUUGCACAAAUCAUGUUCUACAAAAGGGCCAGAAAGGGGCUUUCAGGGCUCGUUGUAACAGCCAAUAAGAGCACAGGGGUCAGAGGAGGACGCUUUUACUGAUUCUAAGAUUUGGCGCUUAAGCAAGAGGCAAAUUCAUAAUUCUUUUACAAAAGGCUAAAGACGUACUUUGCAGCUGUUCUCAGAUCAAGUUUGGUUACGAGCAGCAAUUUAUAUUUUAUAACCUGUUGUGUCAAGAGAUGAAGCUGCAUGAUUUUUCUCUGACUUCUACAUGUUAAAUAUUACAAUAUUGUAGCCUCUACAGAUCUUUGGAAUGGUAGCUUUGUCACUCGAUCUCCCAGCUGUCAGGUUUUCACUUUGAUUUUUACCCCCCUCUCUUUUUUAAGAAACUAUGUUGUCAUGUUCAGCCAUAUGAUAUAAAACGUUCAUCAGCCUUCCUCUUUAUAGGCAGGUUGGCUUCAUGUGUAUGUUAACUGUUCAUUGUUUUUUUUCAUACAUGUGUUACAUCUACUUUUCGUUGUAUUUGCAUUAUCUGUUUUAAAAGGAACUCUUCAGGCCUGAUUGGUCGAUUCUGUUUCAAUCAGUCACCUCAGUAAAGUGAAUUCUUGUCAGGAGAAAAUGCUGUGUGUACACUACGAUUCUGUAUUUAAAGAUGGUGAACAGUGUCACUAGUUUAGUCAGUUACUGAUGGUUCAAUUGACCUGGGCGAUACAAAGAGAUCUGCAUUGUAAAACGGCAUAUAUUGGAUCAGUUCUGUACAACUUAGAAUCAGCAUCUCAGUAUAUCUACAGUUCCACUAACACUGUGACACCAGGUAUUAAAGGUUGUUGUUUUUUGUGA